GUGCAUUUUAGGCCCCGCCCCCUGAGGAGCUGCUUUGUCUGGGUCUUUCUCUUCUCCCUCUUGUUCGACGCUGCUACUUUUGUCUCCAAUAUGAAGUCCCCUGGCUACAUUUUGUUGUGGAAGUCGCUGGCCGCAGUGAUUCUUGUAUGUCAGGCGAGGCCAAACUUGAAGCUCAGUUCACAGACAGGCAGUGGUCUCAGGGCCGAGUGUUUGGGGAACCUAAUGCGCCUGUCGCUGGAUAAAGCGUUGGCAGUGGGCAAUCAGCUGGAGGUGGAGGCCAUCAAUGGCAGUCAGCGCGUGCUGCUCACACCCGCCCUGGCUGCUCGCUGUGGGUACAGUAUGGAGUCUGACCCCUGGGGCAACACCCGGAUCUACGCCUCUCUGCUGGGCUGCUACGUCCACAACACUGAUGACACUACGUUUGAGCUGGGUCUGAGGCUGGAGAUGUUUAACUCCAUGUCUCCUGAGGUAAUCUCUCACGAUGUGCAGCAGACCUGCAGCUUCUCCCGCUGGGCCCCGAGGGAGGUGCUCUGUGACCGCAACUACAUGGAGGUGUCUCACCACAUUCCUGUGCCUGACUCUCCGGCUGAUCCCACAGGUCCAAAAGGCUCCAGUGUUAAAGAUGAUCCACAAAUGAAUGCCAUUCCUGGGAGCUCGGCGACGGGCGGCAUCUGGAAGCUGACAUUCCAAAGCCCUGAGGUCGUGCCUAUGGUGCAGAGGGAGGCUGAGCAGGCCGGGUACGGAGCCCACAUCUCUGCCAACCGUCUGGUGGUCCGCAGCCCCUACCACAAACCAGAGACCUACUCUGAGGAUGUGGCAGGGAUCCCCAUGGAGGUGCUGCGGGUCAGUGUGUACUACAGCACUCCCACAGGGCUCAGCGUCAUGGACAUGUCUGCGGCCUGUCCCAUUGGUGGCGUGCUGUUCACAGAGCAGCUGAUCUCAUGGCACAUACCCCGUGUGGUCACUCCCCUGGUGGACAGUGGUGCCAGGAUCCAGGAGCUGCACAUGGGCAUGAACGGGCACAGGCUGGACCCGAGCCAGCUGUCUGCCCGUGGGUACACUCUUAUCACCAAGGACUUCCACAUCGUAAUGGAGAUCCCUGUGGGCACUCCCGAUGGCUACUAUAAGAGCCAUGCCCCAGGCUACCAGUACCACGUGAGCUUCAGCGUGGAGCCCAUGGUGGAGGUCCUUUGGAGGUCUGUUCAGAGCAGAGUAGACACCCACUACAAGGUGCUAUUCCCCAUCACCACCCCUCUGAUGGCACGCCCCCCCCACGUCAGUGACCAGACGGUAGUGGCAUCGCGGCUCUUCUCGCUCCAGGUGGGUACGUUUCUUCAGGACGUGGAGCUGAGGAACAUCACCUUCUUCACUGGGACCUUCUCUGUGGAGGAGUGUGUGACGCGAGGCUUCAGUGUGCAGCAGCAUGACUACCCCAAUGGCACACGCAGCUUCUCAGUCAGCCUGGCCUUCAGCGAGGACGUGGUCAAGAGACACAACCCAGAGCCCCUGGUGACUGUGUACUCUUUGCCCCUCACUCUGGGCUUGGUGGUGCAGCCGGAGCUGUCACCCUUCUCUGCGAGUGCCGAGCUGCAGGCCUCCCUGCACGACGUGGUGCUGCCAACUGUGUCGGGCAGCUGUGACCAGGAGAAGUUCCACAUCACCGUUGCCUAUGGAAACCAGGGCUCUAACUUUGAGACGUUUGAGACCCUGGUGGGGUACCGGGUGCUGACAGCAGAGAGUGCUGGGAAUUACCACUUCAAAGAAAAUGCCACGCACUUCAACUUUGAGGUCCUGUACAUGGCCCAGGACACGGCAUUUGAGGUGCUGGAAUCUGACUCGGUCCGAGCAAGACUGGACAUCAUCCUGUGGGACCCCAAAAACCAGUGGACUGUGGGUGACCUGUACCUAGCCUGCCACUUCCCCCUCACCACAACGCAGUGCUUCUCUAAUGGCACGAUGACUGCUCUGGCCGUGAAGCUGCAGUCGGUGCCUGGUCUGGAGCUGGACAGGCUGAGGUUGAGGGAUCGCAACUGCGGACCAGUCAGCACCACAGAGCGGUCAGCCCUUUUUUCCUUCACUGUGGACUCCUGCGGGACCUCCAGGACCUUUUUGGACAACUACAUGUUGUAUGAGAAUGAGAUCAGCCUGGACUACAGCACUGGGGUGUCGUACCCUAAAUGGGACAAUAAAGUGCCCCGGACCUCCCCUAUAGACCCAGAGUACAGGCAGAAAGUCUCCUGCUACUACAAAGUGCAUGGGAGAGUCAGUGCAGUAUUCGGACACACUCCGGGCAGCAUUCCAGCUGCAGAGGUUGGGACGGGGCAGCUGCAGGUCCACAUGAGGCUAGCCAAAGAUUCAUCCUAUGGGUGGUUCUAUGGACCGGAGGACUUCCCUGUGCCUAAGGUCCUCCAGGAGCCUGUGUAUGUGGAGGUGUCCCUGGACUCCUCUGAUACCAGACUUGAGCUGGUACUGGACAAUUGCUGGGCCUCAAGCAGCCCGGACCGGAGCUCUGAGCCACGAUGGGACAUCAUUGUAGACAGCUGUGCGAACCUGGAGGACCGCUACCUUACCCAGCUCCUCCCUGUGCAGAAGGACUCCAGUGUGCAGAUCCCUGCUCAUGUCAAACGAUUCUCCAUCAAGAUGUUCACCUUCACACGAGAGGACCAGGUUCUCCAGGAGCAGAUCCACAUUCACUGUGAUGCUGUGGUCUGUGACUCCAAUGACCACACAGACGGUGCCUGCAGGGGGCAGUGUGCUCACCCCAGGGCACCUACACAUCCAGGAGUGGACGGGGCCAAAGGCAGAAAGAGGGAGCGGAGCAGUGCGCAGACCUCCUCUGGACCUGUCCUACUGCAGCAGAGCGGUCGUACACAUCCCUCUUAAUAAACUUUGUGCAUUUUAACUGC